GUCCUUUUUUGUUUUUGCUUCCUCUCUCUCCAAUCAGGGACGUGCUGCCUGUUCUUUAUCACUAUUACUAUUCAUAUUAUUCUCGUUCCGAUCGAACAUCACUGCGCAAUUCUUCGGUAGUAUUAUUGUCGUUGCCACUUUAAUUCGAUUACUCUGGACGCGUGCCUCGAGCCGACAUGAAAUCUCUUUACCCCAUUGCCCGCCGUGCUGCGGUGUCGUACCAGCUGCACAGCCACACCAUCCCCGAGCCCUACGACUACCUGGAGGAUCCGUCCAACCCCGAAACGAACGAAUUUGUGCGCCAGCAGAACGACGCGUUUGCUAAUUACAUGAAAUCGUCACAAGGCAUCCGCGCCAAGAUGGUGGAGCGCGUGACGGCCAUGCUGAACUACGCUCGCACGGGCAACCCAAGUCUGCACGCCGGCAAGUACUACUUCCACUACAACACCGGUCUGCAGAACCAAAGUGUGAUUAUGCAGGCGGACUCCCUGGAUGACAAGAAGCCCUCUGUGUUUCUCGACCCCAACACGCUCAGUGCCGACGGCACCACGGCGCUCAAGUCGCACGGCUGGAGCAAGAACGAGGAGCUCUUUGCCUACAGCCUGAGCGACAAAGGCAGCGACUGGCAGUACAUCCAUGUGCGUCACGUGAAGACGGGCGAGCAACUACCAGACAAGCUUAACUGGGCGAAGUUCUCCGACAUCUCCUGGUGGGGGAACGACGGCUUCUUCUACGAGCGCUUCCCCGAGCUGGCGGAAGGCGCUGACCAAGGUGCAGAGACGGACUCGGCACAGAACCAGUGCGUGUGCUUCCACAAGGUCGGCACUCCGCAGUCCGAGGACGUGGAGGUGCUGCGUGUUCCCGAGCACCCCGGCUGGAACUUUUCCGCCGAAGUGACGGACGACCACGAGUACCUGGUGGUCAGCGUCAUGGACGGCUGCGAGCCGCACAACCUCGUCUGGAUCGCGAAGUUGCCGACCACCGUGGCGGAGCUGAAGGAGCCGCUGGCCUUCAAGAAAGCGGUGAGCACCUUCGUCGGCGAGUACCGCUAUCUGGGCAACGAAGGCACCACUUUUUAUUUCACCAGCACGAAGGACGCGCCGCGCAGGAAGGUGGUGUCGAUGGACCUAGACACCGGCGCCGAGACGGACGUCGUGGCGGAGAAGGAUUCGGUGCUGAACAUUGCCGCCCUGGUGAAGGACACGCUGCUGUUGGUGUACAUGGAGGACGUGAAGGACGUCAUGUACUUCCGUAAACUGCACAGCAGCAGCGCCGACAUGACGAAGCUGGACCUCCCUGUUGGCACCGUCACCUCCUUCUUCGCCAACUACCACAAGGACUUCGUGUCGUUUAAGAUCUCCUCCUUUAUGCUGCCGGGCCGCUCCUUUGUGAUGGACAUCAACGACCCGCCGGGCUCGCUGGCCAUCUACAAGGACGACACCGUGGACGGCCUCAACGCCGACGACUACGUGACGGAGCAGCGCUUCUACACCUCCGUUGACGGCACGAAGAUCCCCAUGUUCGUUGUGUACAAGAAGGGCAACUUGUCCGCCAGCUCGCCCGUGCUGCUCUACGGCUACGGUGGCUUCGGCAUCUCGCUGACGCCGAGCUUCAGUCCGUCCCGCAUCGUCUUCCUGCAGAACCUCGGCGGCGUGCUGGCUGUCCCCAACAUCCGCGGCGGUGGCGAGUAUGGGCAAUCCUGGCACGAUGCCGGUCGCCGGGCGAACAAGCAGAACUGCUUUACGGACUUCAUUGCCGCGGCAAAGUACUUGCACGCGAACGGCAUCGGCUCGCCCGCCACGACAGCCAUCAUGGGCGGCUCGAACGGCGGUCUCCUCGUCGCUGCCUGCGCCAACCAGGCCCCUGAAGAGUUCGCCUGUGUGGUGUGCCAGGUGGGCGUGCUGGACGUGUACAAGUUCCACAAGUUCACCAUCGGCCACGCGUGGAUCUCCGAUUACGGUGACCCGGACAAGGAAGAGGACUUCAAGGUCGUGGAGAAGUACAGCCCCCUUCACAACGUGCGGGAAGGCGUGAAGUACCCGGCGAUUCUGGUCGUGACGGGCGACCACGACGACCGCGUGGUGCCGCUGCACUCCCUCAAGUACAUCGCGACGCUGCAGCACACAAACCCGGAGCUUGGCGGACCCUUUUUGGCUCGCGUGGAGGUGGCAGCCGGCCACGGCUUUGGCAAGCCGACUAGCAAGAUUGUAGAGGAGACGUCGGACAUGUACGCUUUCAUGGCGAAGAACACCGGCGCGAAGUGGCACAAUUAA